CUUGCCCUCCCUCCUCUGCUGUCCACAGUGAACUCUCUUCAGCUCCAGUUCGGAACUUGGGGCGUUUUCCUACCGCUCUUCGGCUCCAUCUCUUCCCUCGGCCGUUUCUGCGGACACACAGCGGCUCCCUUCUGCUUGCUACCCGCUCUCUCGCUCCGUGGAGCGGUGGAGAACAAGCCCGGAGGCCGGGGGCAGACUUUCCGGCUGAACUUUACCGCCAGUGUCCGUGCUGAGCCGCUCACAGAUGAAGCCUCAGUCAUAUCAGAACCAGAACACUGGCUAGAGACAGAACCGGGCCUGUUGGCAGAGUUCUGGGUCUCCCACAGCUCAUGAGGACAGCUCUUCAUGUAAGACCUCGGGGUGGUCCUGUCAGAACCAGGUGGACCCAGGUAUCGUCUUCUGGUGCUGAGUUUCGGGGAUGAUCCUGCUGGACUCUGUCCGGAGGAGGAUGAAGGUUCUCCGCUUACUUUGGUUCGUCCUGCUCUUGGGAACUGGAUCUCUGCUGCUGCUGCUGGUCCACCUGCAGGACCAGACCAACACCGAGCUGCAGCAGAACCCAGGUGUCCAGAUGAUGGAGGCCCUCCGGUGUCCAGUGGAGAAGGACAUCUCUCUGCUAGCCUCACUAUCCCCUGACCUGUUGCCUGGCAACAAACCGCCAGUAACCACUCGUCACAGGAAGCUGCUGAAGAGUGUCCCCCCAGGAGGAGUGGAGGCUCUGCAGGAGUCUCGACGGCGCCUGCUCGCUGACAUCUGCACCAGGUACCAGCCAGGUGCAGCAGAGCAGCCGGUGUCGCGGCGGCAGGUGUCCCGGGUCUACGUGGAGGACCGGUCCAGACUGCUGUACUGCGAGGUCCCCAAAGCCGGCUGCUCCAACUGGAAGCGGAUCCUGAUGGUUCUGGGUGGCAGUGCACGGUCCACGAGCGAUAUCCCACACGAUGCGGCACAUUACGGCAACUGCCUGCGGCGGCUGGAGAGCUUCAGCCCAGCCGGCAUCGCGCAUCGCUUGCAGUCCUACACCAAGGUUCUGUUCGUCCGGGAGCCCUUCGAGCGACUGGUGUCAGCGUUCCGAGACAAGUUCGAGAGUCCAAACUCAUACUAUCACCCCGUGUUUGGACGGGCCAUCAUCUCCAGGUACCGAGCCAACGCCACACGCACCGCGCUGCGCACUGGCACCGGCGUCACCUUCAGGGAGUUUGUCCGGUACCUGCUGGACGUGCGGCGGCCGGUCGGGUUGGACAUCCACUGGGAGCCCGUCACUCAGCUGUGUAGCCCCUGCCGACUGCGCUACGACUUCAUCGGGAAGUUCGAGAGCCUGAAGGAGGACGCCAGCUUCCUGCUGCGCCACAUCGGGGCACCAGACAACCUCACCUUUCCAGACUUGAAGGACCGGAACCCGCUGGCAGAGAGGACCUCCUCCUCUAUCACCUGGAGCUAUUUCUCCCAGCUGAACCCCACAGAGAGACAAAAGGUCUUUGACUUCUUCUACAUGGACUACCUGAUGUUCAACUACCCCAAACCCUUCUCAGACCUUCUCUGAACCAGGACCAGACCAAAUCGGACUAAGCUGAGGAUCUUCUAGUAGAGAGUGUGGCCAGCAGGCGGCCAUCUUUAGAUCUCAGGGGUUUUUAACAGGAAGAAUCAGCGGAUCACAAGAACUCAGAGGAUCAUCUGGCUCUGUUAGGUACAAACUGGACCAAACCAGAAUCAGGUUCCAAUGUCUGAGGGAGUCUUAGACCUGAUCAUCUGACCAUGUGAUCAUAUGACCCUGGAAGCCCAACCACUGCCGUCCCACCUGAUUUUUGACAAUAAAUUCUUUUAAAAUCUUUCUGUUUUAUUCUUGUUAUCAGAUCUGAUUCAGCAUGGUUCUGGUUCUGGUGACUUCUGGGUGUUCCUGCAGUACCUGAGUGCCUCGUGACCUCCUCUUCUAAGUAUCUGCCAAGAAAUACUGUACUUGUUUGUCCAUCAUUGAUCCGGAUGGAACCACAGCAGGUGGAAGGUUCCUCUGAUGUUGCAUUUACUUGCAGCUGGGAAUUCUGAGGCUCUGGCCAGAAACAACCCAGUUUUCCCUCGUUUCCAGGGGAACGAGUUCCGAGACUGACAGACUGUGGUGGUACUAACCAGGAGGUCAGCGCAGAUCCUCCAUCUAAUAAAACUAAUCACGGGACCAGUAUUAACAUCGCAGAGUUCUCUAAGAAUGCAAAGAUGGAAAACGAUGUCUGCUAAGGAACAGGUAAAGUUUGAUGAGAUGGCCAAGAAUGACAAGGUCCGAUUCGACCAAGAGUGGAAGUCUGACUUCCCACCUAAAGGUGCCAAGAAGGACCUCAACACCCCCAAAAGGCAACAAUCUGCGUUCUUCAUCUUCUCAGACCACCGCCCCCGCAUCAAGGAGGAGAACCCUGGCAUCACUAUCAGUGACAUCAGGACCUGAUGACAAGAAGCUUGGCGAGCUGUGGGCCAAGCAGAGCUCCAAAGAAACUAUUAAAAGAUUCGAGCCACCAGCUGAUCAUCAUUCGGUGAGAUGAAGACCAGCCAACGUCUUCUUCACCUGUUUAUAGAAACUAUUGACUCCACCCACGUCUCUCUGGAGAGCUCAGCUGAUCAAUGGCUGUGAUAUUCCCAUUCCUCUCCGAGCUCCAGCUGAAACAUUCCAGUGGACAAAAACCCCAACAGAACCUGAACAUGUGGCGGAGCAGGUCAGAUCGUGAUGGAUCCAGAGGUCCAAGAGGACCUCGGCGGUCUGAAGAGUCUAAAUAAGUCCUCAUCACUGUCUGCAAAAACACCUGCUAAACAUAAGGGAUUAGUUCCCUCCGCAGGACAACAUCUCUAGUACCAGUAAAUAAAACCGUUAAAAUCCUGGAAAUUGUUGGAUAUUUGAUCGUUUUGAUCAGAGCUGGAGUUUAUGAAGGAAUUCAAGAGAUGAAGACGUCCAGAGGGACUAACUGGACUCGGAAACGGAAAAAUAUUCUUUUAUUGUUGCUUUUUUGUAAUUAAUUCUAAUAAUUAA